GUUUUCGAAAAAAAUCACGUCCUAGACAGUUCCUGUCGAGGCUUUGUGACCGUAUUUACUGGCUGCUUUCCCUUCGUGUAGUUGGGGACGAUUGGACAACAGGAAUACUGCCACAUUUACGAGAAGAUAGUAGAAAUGACAGCGCAUAGUACUUUAUUUCAAAAAUGGCAUGAAACAUGACGACUAUCGGCGGAAUUUGUACUUCGAAUUCUUGUAGUAGUUGAUGCCUUGAUGGGGGAAAAAAUGCUUGUCAAUAAGCCGGACGAGUGGGUUCGAAUUGUAUUACAACGAUUUCAAGUUCAGCUCCCACACGAAAGAACACCAGAGCACAAUGAAUCAAAGGAGAGCAUUGAAAAAAUCCAGGAUACGCUUAUCACACUUAGUGAACAGAGAUUUCCACUUGUUAUUCAAGGAUUGUCAAAGUUGAUCAAAGACCCCUAUUUUAUUAGCUCAUUUUCAAACAGCAAAAAAGACAAAAUUGGCGAGUCCAAUGUGGUUGUGUUGAGCGCAAUAGAAAAAUGUCUUUGUAAGUUUCCCGAACAAUGCUCAAGACUUGAAGAUGAUGUUUUGUCCAACCUAUUGCCAAGUAUCAUGCAGUUUGUCCUUCAGACGUAUGAUUUCCCUCACGCGACAGAAGUUCAAAAACUAUCUGCAAAAAUUGUUUCCCACAUCAGCUCAUUUCAUUUCUCUGCCAUAUUCAAUAAAGUCUCUUUCAGACUACAUCAAUUAUCCAGCGUUGAUGAUACAAACAAUGAUGUGAACUACCUUGUACUAAUUAGAUAUCUUAAACUGACCUCCUCUUCCCUUAUCAUACUACUUGAAGAAUGCUCAAAUACCUUUACGUCUUUAAAGAAACAAGCGAAAUUGUUUCUAAUAUCGUCUUUGGAAAAGGCUAUUUGGAACUGGAUCAAGUAUAAUGCCGAAGAAUUCGCAUGCGUCCAAAGAACGCCGAAAAAGAAGCUUUCUGAGUUUUCUUUAACAGACCUGUGUGACAACUUCUUCGAACUUUUGGUGUCGUUUGCUGAGAAAUCGAAACGCAAAGCAGCCGUGUGCCCUCUGCAAAUCAUGUUGUUGAUGCUUAGUCCUGAGACCUUGACAGCAAUAGCUUCUCGUGAAAAACAACAGGACGCACAUCUCGAAAUAAAGCGAGAAUUUCUGGACAGUUUAAAGACUGCCUUGACUAGUGCCAAGGCCUUGACCGAAAGCUCGGCCAUCGCCUGCGUCAAACUGUGUAAAUGUUCGACGUAUGUUCGACCCGAGGACAACUCCGUGCUUUGCUUUCUUGUUGUGACAUUCAUGAAUGAGCUAAAGGCUCUACUUUUCAAUAUCAAUAAACCAUUUGCUAUUGUAAAUCAAACUACGAUCACCGUUGAGUCACUGAUGGUCGAUUGUUUUGUGUCGAGUUUCCGUAUAAACUACCGUAAUAGUCAACAUUUCGAUGAUUGUCUCUCUUCCACUGCUCCUGUUUUAUUCAAUGUUGUCUACGUCAAAGGAUUGUACACUAUUGUGAGGCAGAAACCGCUAAAAUGGUGGCCAACGCUCAAAGUCAUGUACUCCAAAGCGGAGUCAAUACGAAAUCUCUUUGAGAGGACUUUGGAGAAGUUUCGUGCUUUGGACAACUUUCAAAGUGGCUCAAGGAUGAGUGUACUGUACAAAGGAAAAGAAAAACGCGGCAAAGAAGAAGAACAGAGCUCGAUGAAAGCCGAAAAGGAUCUUAUGCUUUGGCUUGUUCGUCUUUUCCGAAUAGAACCCUCUUUUGCCUUUUAUAGCACUGAGAGCAAAAGUUUUGAAAUUCAUCAGAGCUCACAGAAGUUGUUAUUUGGUCUUGUUCAAAUGACACUCUCCUCUCAAUUUGGCAAAGAAUUAUCGCAGGAAGCAUCACAGACACUUCUCGAUCUCCAUUCGCCAGAAAAUGUUUUACUUUGGAAUCCAUUGGACACAGUUUACUCGUUUUGGGAGAUAAGUUCAGAGUGCAUUCUUUUCAUCGGCAAUUCGCUGGUAAAUCAUGGUUCUAAGGACUUGUGGCUGCUUAAAUAUUUGAAGAAGUUAAUGGCUUGUCGUGACCAGUAUAUUGGUAAAAAUAAGGACGAUCCCAAUUUCAGUUGUCAGUCAAUGAUCGCAUCUUCGGCAAGAGUAAAGCUCGAGGAGGUGUUCCUACAGUACUUAUGGAAUCCCGAAUCGGAGGCCAUUCUUACUUCCCUCUCGUGUUUAAAGUUUCUGUGUACAGAAAUCAACAUCGUGUCGAAUCAUAGUAUGGAUAAUAUUGCACAGUUUAAUCUCAUGUCAUCAAUUUUCUCUGUCUACGAAGAACUGGCCGAUCUAGCUAAUGGAAUAUCUACAGGUCGUCUAGCUCUUCAGAAACGAAUCAUGGCUCUCCUGCGAAACGUAAAAGUUCAAACCCCUGGAAACAAAGAAGCCUGGGACAACACGUUCAUUCGAUGGAAAAAACUCACCAGUGCAUUGGCAAACUUUCCAAAAGAGGAAAUACCCGGGGAGCCUGGUACCUAUUUGCCAAAAAGCGUGCGAAGACGGACAACAAGAUUUAGUCAAACUGGAAAAUUAUCUUUGGAAAGUGUGGAAGGUUACAUAAAUGAAUGGAAUUACAUGACUGGAUUCCUCUGUUCUCUUGGCGCCGUAUGCUUUAAAGAGAAUCCUGAAUUAAGUCGUCGAAUAAGCCGAUGCAGAAGCAGUAUUAGCAAAAUGGCUUCCUUACCUACUGUUUCUCCCGAAUUGGAAACUGUAAAAAGUUUUGUUGGCGAGUUGCUGCAGUUAAGUGUCUGUUCAAAUGAUCAUGUUGGAACGAAGAUACGGGUUAUCAUCAAAGAUUUGAUUGGCCAAGAACUUAGCUCGGCUAUGUACAAUACAUUGUUCAUAGAAAUUCGUAAGACCAUUGAAGGCUUUUUUACGCCUGCAGGACAGGCGAUCCUCCAUGAAUUGAAUACAUGUUUUGUUGACCAGGUCAUCGCUAUUAUGAAGCAUAUUUUGGAAAACAAGAACUGCGUUUCCGUAGAUUGUUUUAAAAUGGAAAUUAUUGAACCUAUCAUCGUGACUAUAAUAAGGUACACAAGAAACUUGCCUCCGAUAUCUCGUACGUUUAUAAUCAAGUCACGAAUUUGUCAACUGGUUGUCACGCUUAUGAGUCAUCGAGAUGAAGUGUUGUUUUUCCAAGACAUCAAGUUUCGUAAUAAGCUGGUUGAAUAUUUAUCCGAUUGGGUUGCACGCGAAGAAAACAACGAUUUUACUCAUGAAAUUUUGGUGAACUCAAGGUUGUUGGACGAAUGUGCAAUGAAAGCGAUAUCUCAGCUUUUGUCUUGUCUUCCUCUGCAACCUGAAAAUACGGACGUGGACAUCAUGGAGGAGAAAUCAAAGUUGUUUUUGAAAUAUUUCAGAUUGUUCUUGAAUCUUCUGAGUAAAUGCGCUGGACGUGACAACAAUGAGAGCGAAGUAACGAAUGCCAAGAAACGACAGAAAAGUGUUUUGGCCUAUCAUGAUAAUGUUCAUCAAUGCACUGUCGCCGCCAUGUCGAAUUUAUUGAGCGCAAAUAUUGACGCUGGACUUACACAUGCAAUUGGUCUUGGAUACCACAGGGAUUUAACUACUAGGGCAAUCUUCAUGGAAGUCUUAAUGAAGAUCCUCAAUCAAGGAACUGAAUUCGAUACGUUAGCAGAGACAGCAACUCGCGAUCGUUACGAGCAACUCGCUAAUCUAAUGGCAACUAUGAGUGAAAACGGAGAGCUGUUAUUGGCUGUUGCACUAGCCAAUGUUGUGCCUUCAUCUGAACAGGAUGAUCUUGCCCAAGUAAUGGUGACGCUGUUCGAUGCUAUGAAUCUUCUUUAUCAGUUCUUGUGGAACGUACUUUCUCAAGAGGUGAGAAACUGUGAAGGUUUUCACGUUCUGUUUCGUGGCAACACUCUUGCAACGAAAGUGACUACAUUCUGUUUCAAAAUCUAUGGUACCAAUUACAUUCAUUCGCUUCUUGGACCGUUAAUAAAACCCUUAUUGAAACAAGAGAAUCUCAAUCUUACUUUUGAGCUUGACCCGAACAAAUUGGAAGCAGGAGAAACUUUACAAGAGAACACGCAAAAUGUUAAAGAUUUAGCGCAGAAAUUCUUAAAUAGCUUUUUCGAGUCAUUGGACGACUUCCCAAAUCCUUUGAAGCUUCUCUGUUACUGUUUGAAGAAGGUUGUAAGUCAACGUUUUCGUCAACACAAAGCGGAGGCUGUUGGCAGCGCUAUAUUUCUACGUUUUAUCAAUCCAGCAAUAAAUUCACCUCAAAUGCUUGGAAUAAUUGAGCACCCUCCGCCUGAUAAUAUUCGAAGAGGACUUAUGUUCCUUUCGAAGAUCCUUCAAAGUCUUGCUAAUAACAUGCUGUUUACGAAAGAAAAGCACAUGGAGCCGUUAAAUGACUUUCUAAAAGAAAAUCUUACGAAAACACAGCAAUAUUUCGAAACGAUUUCGUUGCAUCGUCCUUCACUUCGAGAAGAUCGUGACGUCUAUUCAUUCAUCAGCGAUGCAAACAUAUUCACCCUUCAUCGUAUGUUGUGGAAUAGUCAGGAAAAGAUUGGCCUGUAUAUGGCUGCGAGGGGUGAAUUCAAGAUCUACGGUCGUUUAGUUUUUGAGAAACUGACAACAUUACUGGCUCGUCUUGGUCCACCUGAUCCGCAAAGACUUCAAAUCCAUAAAAAAUGGUCAGUUAACAGUGGUUCUUCUGAUUUUGAGAUAUUUAUGGCGCGUCAUGCUGAUUCUGGUGAUAUGGAUUUGCAAGAAAUAAGAAAUUUAAAGAUUUUCUAUCAGGAUGGCAGAUCGAAGACUGGACACUUAGUGUAUUAUUUUAUUCCGCGAAGAUUUAGGAGUGAUGUGAUCAGUGCCGAGCGUCUGAUAUAUUACGUUUGUUUGACGUUCAAAUCUUCAUUGGGACAGCCUUGGGAGUUGGUUUGUGAUUUCACCCAGACAGCUACUUCUACUCAGAUUACCUCUCGUCAAAACUGGCUGACAUCUCUUACUAAAUGCAUUUCUGUUCUUCCAAAUGAUAUAAAACAUAGUCUUCGAGCUGUUUAUCUGUAUAACAUGAACAGCGCUUUGAAAGAAUUCAUAAAGAUCAAUGAAAGAUACUUUUCACAUUUGAAGCAUCGAUCACAAGUUAUAGUUAUCGAUAAUCUUAGUAAGUUCAAUGAGUUUAUUUCAUGGGAAGAAUUAAAGCUACCAAGCACAACCACGUCGCUGGAGAAAGACCUCACUGUUUUUAACGCCUUCAGGGUCCAUUCCCGGAUUUCUGUUCGUAUUAAGGUCGGACCGAACGGCAUUCAAGUCGAAACUACGGAGAAGCAGAAGGUUCUUGGCUAUAGUUUUCACAUUAAAGAAAUUUUCUUUCCCAGUGACAUAGAAGAUAUUUCGUCGCAGCUAGAUGAUAAUUUGUUUGGACUGAAGUUCAAGACGUCUGGACACACUUUAUUCUUAAGUAAUGAGUCGGAUAAAAUUGUUCAAGCUGUCACGCAUUUGAAGAAGCGAUGGUUAAUGUCACAACCCAACCAAACCAAUUUGUCUAAAAAAAUUCUUCCCAAAGAUGUACCAGGAACUUUGCUAAAUAUGGCGUUGUUGAAUCUGGGAACAAGAGAUCCGAACCUACGUCUUGCUGCGUACAAUUUACUCUGUGCUUUAACGACCGUGUUUCAUUUUAAAAUAGAGGAACGAUUAUUCGAAGGAACUGGUUUGUGUAUUCCUGCUAAUAACACAAUAUUUAUCGUUGGGAUAAGCAUCAGUUUGGCGAGCAAGGAACCUCAGCUCACUUUGGAGUUCCUUCAAGAGUGCAUAACUGGAUUCAAGAAGUCGAAUCACGAACUAAAACAUUUAUGUUUGGAGUACAUGGCUCCAUGGUUUCCAAAUUUAUCUCGCUACUGCAAAGAGCCGAGCAGAGGCGACAAACGUUCCAAAGUGAAUGCCAUUCUGGAAGAUCUGAUUGAGUUGACCAUUGCAGAAAAAGGGGCGAUGUACCCUUCGAUACAAGCCAAAAUAUGGGGAAAUAUGGGAAAGGUCACUGAACUCGUUGAUACUGUUCUGGAUAGCUUUAUCAAGGCAAGUACGACUGGAGGAUUGGGCUCGGUAAAAGCGGAGGUGAUGGCUGACACGGCUGUUGCUUUGGCAACGGCGAACGUUCAUGUCGUAUCUAGCAAGUUUAUCAACAGAGUUUUAAUGUUGAUUCGUAAAACAUGUAUUACACCGACGCCUCGACUGGAAGAACAUCUAAUGUGGGAAGAUAUCGCUAUACUGAGCAGAUAUUUAUUGAUGCUGUCUUUUAAUGAUUCCCUCGAUGUCGCGAAUAAUUUGCCGGAUCUCUUCCACAUUAUUAUCAGUCUGGUGUGCAUGGGUCCCCUGUUCCUUCGUGCGACCAUACACGGCAUUUUGAUCAAUGUUAUCCAGUCCCUUUCCACAUGUACUUCACUUGAACUUCCGGAUGAAACAAAACGUGUCUUACGUUUGCGCAUGUCGGAAUUUUCCCUGCCAAAGUUUUAUCUGCUAUUUGGUAUUUCACAGGUGAAGUCAGCUCCGGUCCGCGCAUUUCAGUCUUCGUAUCGGGGUACUCGUCACGUGAUAAACUUGCGAGACUCGGACAAAAUUUAUAUGACGUCAAUUCAAACGAUUGCAAACUCUCUUCUUGAAGUUGUCGAGGCUUGUAUGAAAGAUAUUCCUCAAUGUACAUGGCUUGAAACCUGGACGAAGCUGACUUUAGAAUUCGUAUUCCAGCAUAACCCACCGCUUCAGGCGAGAGCCGUCGUCGUUUAUGGCUGUGUUUGUAGAGAUAUCGAUGAUGCAAAGAUACGACAACUCCUCUUAGUGUUCAUCAAGGCUCUGAACGACUUCAGUGACUUAAACCUGAUCGAAGCCACAAUCAUUUGCUUCACAAAAUUGCUCACUAUCCUGAAUAAGAACUCGAAAUUUCAUACAGCCUCGUUCUGGAUUGCAAUUGCGACGCUCCAAUUGGCGGAGAGCGGUCUCUAUCCUGCGGGCCUGGCACUACUUGAACAAUCCUUGCUGACGUUGGAAUCACAAGGCAUUUUCGAAAGACAAAGCGUUGACAAAGUUCUUUUGACAUUUCGCCAAGAUCCCCGCAUGGAGUGGCAUUGCCAACAGCUUGAUCAUAUUAUUGGGGUGAACUUCGCUUACAAUUUUCAUUUUGCUUUGGUCACUUACCUCUUGAAAGGCUUGCGUCACGGCAGUCCGUCGACCAACACACGCGCCAUACGUAUUUUGAACUUGAUGCUCAAUAUUGCUGGAAAACACAAGACGAUUCAUGGACGAGAGAAGUUUGCAGUUUAUAAAGAAACAAUACCAUAUCUUGCUGCUUUGUUAAUAGUAUCUGAUGAAAUCCGAGCUAAACUUCGUCCACAUUGUUCUCAUAAGCGUUCAAAUUCCAUCCCCGACAGCCAAUCAUCGGUCACUCCACCAAACUCAAUACCUGUUAGCCCAGUGACGAUCAUUAUCGAGUCUCCUAUCUCUCCUGGCCCAGCUGAGAUCUCUGAGUCGGAGACUGCCGUUUUUCCAUGGCCUGCUGAGGUCGAGAAUCGUCUCUUGGAUCCUGGCGUUGUCAACGACUUUCAAACGCAGGCUUUGUUACUCACAUUAUUGUCGACUCUGGUUCGACACACAAAAGAUGAUGCUCUUGAGAAGUUUUUGUUCGAGGUGUUGGCCGAAGCAAGUCUUGUUUUUCCUAAAGUAUUUCCUGUUAUCUACACUUUGAUAAGUAGCAAGCUUGCAAUGGUCUUGGGCCACAGUCAAGACGUGGAAUGCCUACAAGCAAUCCAGACAAUUAUGCAGUCAACAGUAUCGCUCAAUUUUGCCGAGAGGCAACUGGAAUCGAAUUUCCUGCAAGGCUUUGGAUUUGAUGGUUUUAGUCAAUUUGCUGGACCAUUUUAUGAUCAAGGGGAGCUGCAAUAUGAAACGCGGGCUCAGAUAUUUGUUCGAUUUGCUGAAGGAGUCCUCGAGACAUGUGGUGGCGUCUUAGAUGACAGUUUGAGAGCGAGCUGUCUUUCUCUCGCCAAACCUCUUCCGGAAAAACUCGAUCAACCGCCAUUACGUAGCAAUAAUUGUCUCUCGUCUUCUUUGACGUCGAUACCAAACGAUCUUUUGUUAAGAGAUGGAAUUGAACCGGCAUCCCUCAUGAAGAGAAGUCUGUCCUCUAGACGAAAGAGUAACAAGGACAGGAAAGAGAAAGAUAGAAAUCGUCGAAAACGCUCGCUCACGCAGCGCGUUGCUGAGAAGGAAUUGAAGAAAGCUUUAUCAGCAAAUCGCAAUUCUGAAGUUUGAGGUGUAAGUGAUUUUAAGCCGUAAAUGAUGCAAUAAACGCCCCUGCUUUCAAAUUAUCGACCCCUCACAUCAUCAUCACCUCAUUGCCAUUAUAGUAAUAUGUUUCUUCGUGGGUUCUCGAUUUGGCUCAAUUACUUUAUAUUUAAUCCCUGUUUUGUUUUCAUUUGAUGAAACUGAGGUGCCAUUAAGCUAAUAUGAAAACCUCUCUUAUUUUUAUUUAACGCCCCCACCUAAAGUUAAUUAAACUCUCCCGGGAGUUCAUUGGAUCAUUUACGUAAUGGAAGAACUGACAGCGAGUAUAGUUAUUUUUCUUUUUAUCGAGAUACUCGUGUUCUUAUAGUAUCAUAAUCAUUGCAUUCGUUCUUCGAAACGCACUAAAUUUAAUCAAUGUCACGAAUUUAAAUCCUGGGGAGUUAGAUAUGAAUUUUUACGUAGGAAUUUAUUAUGAGUUAGCAAUUGCUAGUUUUUAUGACAAUGAACACAAUUUAUUCAGUCGUACCCCUAAAAUUAUGUAACAAUACAAUUGAAUUGACUUUAUGAAAUUAAUGUACUUUUGUAAAAUUUUCAAACCUGUAAAUACGCUAGGGUUUUAUAAGUAAUUGCUGGAAAUCAUUCUUUAGUUUAUAUCCUUCGCUAUCGGAAAACACGUUCGUGCUGCAUAUUUAUAAUAAAAGGCAGGAAAAAAUGUGCCGUCUUUCUUGAGACAUUGAUUAACAUAGGAAUCAUCGUGGUUUAUUCAUGUAAGUGAUCAUUUUGAAUUUGGCGUUAUUUCAUGUAAGCUGUAAUUUUACAUAAGUAAUAAAAAUUUUUUUAUGUAAAACAUUAAA